UGAGGCCCCAGAGCUGCUUAAGAACUAAUUUCCUUUUUUCUUCCUGGUCGCCCUGUGCGCGCAGGGCCGAUGCAGCGCCGCCCGAGGGCCCCGAUGGCGGAGGAGGGCUCUGGCUGCCAGGUGCCCCGCCUGCCGUGGGCGCCCAUCCUGCGCGUCGCUCUGCCGCUCGUUCUCGUCGCCGUGCUGGUAUAUUGCUUCCUCUGCAGCCAGCACCUGGCUCAGCAGCGGCGGCAGCGCGAGUCACCUGGGGGGGACAUAGCUGAGCUCCAGCUGAACCACACAGGACGGAGGCAGGACUCCAGGCUGCACUGGCAGGGGGGCCCCGCCCUGGGCCGCUCGUUCAUGCACGGACCGGAGCUCCACAAGGGGCAGCUGCGUGUCCAGCGCAAUGGCAUCUAUAGACUGCACAUCCAGGUGACGCUGACCAACUGCUCCUCCUCCGCCCGGACCGCCAGACCCCGAGGGGCCAGCCUGGCCGUGGGCAUCUGCUCCCCUGCCGCCCGAAGCGUCAGCUUGCUUCGACUCGGCUUUCAGCAACGGUGCGCCGUGGCCUCCCAACGCCUGACUCCCCUGCUCCGCGGGGACACCCUCUGCACCAACCUCAGCCUGCCUCUGCUGCCCUCCCGAAACGCCGAUGAGACCUUUUUUGGGGUUCAGUGGGUACACCCAUGACCGUUGCACCUCCUGGCUCAGAUGUGUUGGGAGAGCAUGUUUCCUUUUUCGUAUAAAGUCCUUUUUUCCUUGGUGUGCUUCUGUGA